UGGACGGGUGGGUAGCAACAGUUGCCCCGGUGAGGACGAGGCGCCAUAGUCACGGUAGUCCUGGCGACAAGAACCAAGCAACGGGAAUCAACAACAACAACAACAAUUUAAACUAUUGAGGAAUUUUUUAAAAACCUCAACAAACAAAGAGCACGAAUUAGAAGUGAGCAGGGUUCCAGCGGCGCUCUCAAUGGCGACUCCAGGCUACACCGAGGAGCUCCAGUCCUCCCAGCCUCAAGGGGGCAGCGUGAACACGCCGAAAAGCGGCCAGCGAAAAGCCACUCCCACAGUCACACCCGCGUUCCUUGCUGACAUCCAGAGCUCAUCCGGCUCCUCCCCAUCACAGGCAGGCCUUUCCUCUAGAAUAACGCAGACCACACCUCCAGCGAUCCUCAAGAAGGCUGUUCUGGCCACGCCCACUCAGGUUACAGCGGCGGCAGCGCAGUACGCCGUGUCUGAGAUUCAGAGCUCCACCUCCGGGUCCAGCAACGGGCAAAACACACCACAGUAUAUAGUGGUGACUGUUUCAGAAGGAUCGAUCCAUUCGAGCGAUUCAGUGUCGGACUCCAGUCCUCCUCCCACCGUCCAGACAGGUGUGCCGACACACGUGGUGCAGACUGCACAGCAGAGGUCAGUAGUGCAGACCACAGCCAAGAGCGGCCAGCACGGAGUCAGCAACCUGCACAUCACUCCUGAGAUCUCUCAAGUAGGGCAUGUCUACUCCAGCCAGGUUCAGUAUGCGGACGGAGACGGCAACUACAACAACACGCCCAUCCGCUCCAGCACAUACCCGUUCACAGAGUCCUCCCUCUAUGACCAGGCCACGCCCUCUGGCCCGUACUACGAUGAUCCACCCACAACCGGGUCACAGGUCUCCACCCCCGUGACUUCGCAGCCGGUUUCCGUGACUACAGGAUUCUCUACAGGUGGUGGUAGUGGGGUGACUGUGGUAUCGGGGGCAUCUUCUUCAGGCGGGACUGGAGGCGGAGCUGGGGGUGGGGGUGGGGCUGGGAGUGUGGCCAGCGGAGGAGGGGCUGGGGGUUACGUGGUUCCAGGAAGCUACAUGAUGGGAAGCGGAGGCCAGAAUUACACGCAUAACAUACGCGCCUCGCCGGCUACUGUGCAAUGGCUGUUGGAUAACUAUGAGAAGGCGGAGGGUGUGAGUCUGCCGCGCUGCACGCUGUACUAUCACUACCUGCUGCACUGUCAGGAGGCCAAACUCGAGCCCGUCAACGCCGCCUCCUUCGGCAAACUCAUCCGCUCCAUGUUCGUUGGCUUGCGGACACGCCGACUCGGCACCAGAGGGAACUCGAAGUACCACUACUACGGCCUUCGGAUCAAGAGCAGCUCCCCCCUGCACCGACUCAUGGAGGACCAGCAACACCUGGCCAUGAGACAACAGCCCUUUUCGCAUAAGCACAGGAUAAGACCAGUGCAGAAGGUUGAGGGAAUGACCAAUGGGAUGGCGCUGGGGGUGGGGCAAGGGGCAGGCCAGGGGUUGGGACUGUUUGACAUCAGCUCUCAGAUCCAGCAAUAUCAGCAGUUUUUGGAUACGUCUCGCUCUCUGCCUGAGUUUCCCGAGAUCGAUCUCCAGGGAAAGGCCCUGCCCGAAGGGAUUCUUCCGGAAAAUAUCCGAGCCUUCCAGCAGCUCUAUCGGGAACACUGUGAGGCGAUAGUGGACGUGAUGGUGAACCUGCAGUUUCCUCUGGUCGAGACUCUGUGGAAAAGCUUCUGGAGAUUCAGUGAGGGCCAGACCAACGAAGCACUCGACCUUCACAGCGAAUCAGAGAAGCGACUGCCGAAAGCGUGCCUGGUUCUGCUGUGCCAGUACGAUCCGGUUCUGCAGUGGAGUCGCAACUGUGACAACACGCUCUACCAGACCCUCGUGGAGAUCCUCAUCCCUGAAGUCCUCACACCUAUACCCAGUGCCUUAACACAAGCCAUCCGUAACUGUGCCAAGAGUUUAGAGAACUGGCUCACCAGUGCCAUGAUGAACGUUCCGGAGGAGAUGGUCCGCAUUAAGGUGGUGUGUGCAGGAGCGUUUGCGCAGACGUUGCGCAGAUACACAUCUCUGAAUCACCUGGCUCAGGCGGCCAGAGCCGUACUGCAGAACUCGGCCCAGAUCACACAAAUGCUCAACGACCUGAACCGAGUGGACUUCAACAACGUACAGGAGCAGGCGUCGUGGGUGUGUGCGUGCGAGGAGCGCACGGUGCAGCGGAUCGAGCAGGACUUUAAGAUGACGCUGCAGCAGCAGAAGUCUCUGGAGCAGUGGGCCGUGUGGCUGGACAGCGUCGUCACACACGUCCUCAAACCCUACACGUCCAGCCCGUCCUUCACCAAAGCCGCCAAGCUCUUCCUGCUCAAGUGGAGCUUCUACAGCUCGAUGGUGAUCAGGGAUCUGACUCUGCGCAGUGCGGCCAGUUUCGGCUCGUUCCAUCUCAUCCGUCUGCUGUAUGAUGAGUACAUGUAUUACCUGGUGGAGCACAGAGUCGCCCAGGCCAAAGGAGAAACGCCCAUCGCUGUUAUGGGAGAAUUUGCCAACCUCGGCCGGAACGACAGCACAGCAGAUGCAGACAAAGAAGAGGAAGAGGAGGACGACGACGAGAGCGAUGAAGACCAGGUGUCUAUUCCGGUCGACUCGAAUGCAAUGGGGGAGGAGUCUCUGGAACCACCCACCAAAUUAGCCAGGACUGACCUGUUCAACAGCACGCACAACUAAUGCACACGAUUCAACACCACUUACGCUCACAUAGACCUGUUCAGAGAUUUUAGAUAUGAACGACACACACACACACACACACACACACACACGUAUAUAAAUAUACAUAGAGAUUUAAUCUUUGUGUUCUCUCCUCUCUUAGUGCCAUGCAGUUGUUUGCCUUAUUCAUUACUGCCUUUUGAGAGUACUGUUCGAUCAGCCAUAGUGCAUCAAUGUUUAAUGCCUUAAAUUAAUUUGCCUUAUAUACCGUAUACAUUACAGUCCAUUCGUGUGAUAGAAUUUAAAUGCAUAUGAAUACAUACUGCCACUUUAAAGUCUUUUUUUUUUUCCUUUUUAAUCAUGGAAUUUAGUUUUAUUUGUUUGCUGUUACAAUCUAAAAAAUCUGCACCAUGACAAUUCAAUACAAAUUUUUUUUUUUUUUACAAAUUUGUUAUUCCACGAAAUCGAGUCAUACACGAGCUGAUAGCGCUACAAGCCAUGUACGACGAGAUUGAGUGAAACUGUUUUCAGGGAUGCAAACGGGGCGCCUUUUGGCGGAUGCCGCCUUUUUCACGGCUGAAUCGCACAGAUCCGAUUUUUUU